UUAGAUAUAGUUGUUUAAAACCAAAAUAUAAGUAAUAUUUUUCGUAUCCAUGGCGAAAAACAUAUGAACGUUAUUGAAAAAGUCAUUAUUUACACUCAUAAAAAGUACCAAUAAUGUUGGAAUUGGAAAACCAAAUUUAAAGUUUCAAAAUUUUAAGUUUUAUUCAAAAUCGAAAGUCAUAAAAUGUUUUUAUUGUAUUUUAUUAUUCUUUUGUUUUUAUGUACCGAGGCUAAAGGUGAAAACUAUGAAUAUAUAUUCCGUGAUAGCUCCUUGUUGCAUGAAGUUCAAAUGAGAAAGGUUUUUGAUGAUCCUGAGGAAUUCUUACGCCUAAAAUUGUUGAAGCCUCAAAGAGAAAUUCUAUUUGAAUACCGGGAAUUAAGAAUCUCCAGUGUCCCAACACAUAAAAGGAAGAGUAUACUUAAAAAAUUCAUAAAGAAGAACUUCGAAAACAUCAGUGGAUUAGAACAUUGGAUACCACCUGAUUUCAAGAAGUCUCCGAAAAUAUUGGGUAACAUCCAAGAUAGUGAAUUUUUCCAAACACUGAAGAAAUUCAAUCGAGCCUGGAUGAAAAAUGGCAGAAAGUUGACGAAGGAUGUAAUGGAGCAUCCUGAACACUAUUCCUUUAUACUCGUUCCUAAACCAUUCUUCGUCUCUUCAGAAAAGAAACAUGAGAUGGGCUACUGGGAAAGUUUUUGGAUCUUCCAGGGGCUCAUGGCUUGCGAUAUGGUGGAAUCAGCGAGGAACCAGAUGGAGAACAUUUUCAGUAUAAUCGAUAAGCUCGGCUACUGCCCACCAUACAACAGGGUGUACUACAAGGGCAGGACCUCCCCUCCCAUGCUCCCAUUCAUGAUGUCCUCCUAUUUGGAAAGGACCAACGACACAGAUUUCUUAGCAAAGCACAUUGGUCGCAUGGAUUCUGAUCUGACUUCAUGGAUAAGACAACGGCUCACAUUAUUACAGACGCCAUUCCAUUACUUCUUCAUCGUAGUUGAAGAAUGGUUGACCUCAGUCCGCCCAGAACACUACCUAGAAGACAUCGAACGACUGAUGAACUAUAAGCCUAGGAGUACGCCAGGCCCGAGGGAGAUGUUAUGGGAUGUGGACAGCAGCGUAGUGAUGACCUCUGUGUUCUUCACAGCAGUAACGGAGGCCUCGGCUAGGCUAAUGGUGCCCUGGCUCAGAGAGUACGGCUACAAGGCCAAGGCUCGAUACUUCCAGAACAUCUCGAGGGAGAUGAACUACACCUUGCAGAACCUCUUACAGAUCAGCAACUGUUGGAGAGAUCUUCAUAUAGAUGAAGGCUUUUUACCAGAAACAAGCUUCAGCCUUACACCGAUGUGGCUAGGCGUAGCUACGCUUCCCUGUGCCUCUGCCCAGCAGAUCCCGAUAUCUACAGGUCCGGAAGCUAUCUACAGUUCAAGAACGCAAGCACUGAACUGGAUAUCGGACAUAUGCAAGGUCCACGUUGAGAACCUCGUCGAUAUCGCAUCCGCAUUUCACAUCGCCAAGACGAUACCGGACCUCUUCCUUGAACAUAGGUCGAAAGUGGAGUCUGCAAAAGUGAAACCACCGUCAAUGAGCAUGCUGGUGUUUGCGGUAAUAUUCUUCAGGUAUCUGCUAUCCCUGCCUCUUGGUACCAUACUAAAGGAAUAUUUCAAUAGCCAAACAGGAGAAAAUGAAAACGAUCGACAAUAAAGCAUUUAUGAAA